AUGACAGAGCCAAUUGCCCCAGUCAGGUGUUCAAACACUAAAGAACCUCUGCAACCCACAGAAAUUCCUGAUAGGCCAUGGCAAGUUUGCUCUACAGAUUUGUUUUACUGGAACAACAAUGAUUAUAUACUGCUAGUCGAUGCAUACAGUAGGUAUUUCGAGGUCAGUCAGCUUUCUAGUGCAAGGUCAAAAUCUGUGAUUGAUAAACUCAAAGGUUAUUUUAGCCGCCAUGGUAUUCCGGAAGUGUUAUACUCAGAUAAUGGGCCUUGUUACGAUAGUUCAGAGUUUUCACAAGCAUACGAUUUUUCUCAUGUCACUUCCUCCCCAGGUCACCAGUCAGGAAAUGGAUUAGCAGAAAUUACUGUGAAAACAAUCAAGGCACUCUUUACAAAAGCAAAACAAGCUGGAAAGGACCCAUAUCUUUCACUUUUAGAGUACCGCAAUUCUCCACUGGCAUGUGGUAAAUCGCCAGCUCAAUUAUUAAUGAGCAGACAGCUCAGGUCAACACUUCUGUAA